AUUUUGCUAUAAACAUGUGUGUUGUUUGUAUGUGUUCGGCAUACGACGUGAAGUUUUUGUGCCUAAAGUAACACUUUACGUAGAUGAAGAAUUUCUACAAUGCCGUACGCCAAUCAACCAACAAUUAGUAUUACGGAACUAAAAGAAGACAACGUCAAAUUUGUCAUUGAGGACACUGAUUUGAGUGUUGCAAACAGUCUUCGUCGAGUAUUCAUCGCAGAAACACCAACAAUCGCCAUUGAUUGGAUCCAGAUUGAGGCAAAUAGCUCAGUGCUCCACGAUGAGUUCAUUUCACAACGAGUGGGUUUGAUUCCCUUAACAAGUGAUGAUGUUGUUGAUGGGAUGAACUAUAAUAGGGAUUGUAAUUGUGAGGAAUUUUGCGCAGACUGCUCUGUAGAAUUCAUCCUCGAUGUCAAAUGCACGGACGAUCAGACACGGCAUGUUACAUCCAGAGAUCUCAUCUCAAACAACCCCAAAGUAGUACCGGUGACCUCAAGACACAGAGAGGAUGAAUCAAGCGAGUAUGGUGAAACAGACGAUAUCCUAAUUGUCAAGCUCCGCAAAGGGCAGGAGUUGAAAUUCCACGCCUUUGCGAGAAAAGGCUUCGGUAAAGAGCAUGCCAAAUGGAUCCCCACAGCUGCUGUUGCGUUUGAAUAUGAUCCAGACAAUGCUUUCAGAAACACAGUGUUCCCUAAACCAGAGGAAUGGCCGAAGAGUGAAUUCACAGAGCUGGAUGAAGACACACCUGAGGCCCAUUUUGACCCCACAAGUAACCCAAGGAAGUUCUGGGUCAACGUUGAGUCGUGUGGCGCCCUCAAACCAGAGACGAUCGUUCUCACGGGUCUGUCAGUUCUCAAGAAAAAGUUGAGUGACUUACAAACACAGCACAGCCACGAAACACAGAGUGAAGGAUUGGCAAUUAAUUAGUUUGUUUAAAGGGAAAUAUACUUUUAGAUAUUUUUUACUGUUGGAAGUAAAAACGAAGAUGUCAAGACUUGGGGGGGGGGGUUGCGGUUAGUGGAGGAUGUUUAUGUGAUGCGUUCAAGUAAUAUUAGUUGUUUGCCGGCCCAGGUCAUUUAAAAAACUAUAUACAUUUUAAUUUUAAACUUUAAUUACCAGUAUGCAUCUAAAUUGACUUUGAAAAGUUAUUUAAAAAGUGUCACAGUUCACAGAAGAUAAUAUUGCUUGAGAAAGUUCUGUGUUUAGCAAAAUUCAACAGGGGACCUGACUCUUAUAGGCAACUUUAUGAAGACUUUCUAAACUGGCGCUUUUACGACUACUUGGAUAAAAAGAACUUACAAAUGACACAACAUCUGGGUAUCCUACUACUGAAUAAGAAUAUUUAGUAUUUUGUUUUUCUCAGUUGUCCCUCCAACCUUAUCAUACCACUAUCGAUUUUUUUUAUAACUUUGUUAUCAUGAAGUGUUUCAGAAAACUGCUGUAAUUUUGAUUAAAGUCAAGUACUAAGAGA